AAGAAGCAGAAGAAGAAAAGUAAGAUUGAUUUUCAUUCACUGUUGUCGGCUGUGUUCAGUCGUUUGCUGUCUGAAAAUAAACCAAGCAUAUGGAAUAUGUAUUGAUUUAGUUAAUCGCCUCUUUGUUUCCAAUAAUAUAUACUAUACUGACUAUUCAAGUCAAAUAGUUAAUGUUGAAACGCUUAGCACGGUAAGUUGGAUAAGACGGCUUUGUAGCUGGCUGCUACUAUCUGCCUUAGCUAGCUGCUAGCUGCUAGCUGUGGAGACUCUACAGAAGACGGGCUCUCCACCUCUAAGCCGGUGAAGUGAAGAACUGCAUUUUUUUCCAUUUUUCAGACACAAACAACUUGGUGCCUGUGCAAAUAUGGAAGCCCCUCCUGUUUCAGUGAUGCCUGUCACUGGAGGCGCAAUCAAUAUGAUGGAAUAUCUGCUGCAAGGCAGUGUGUUGGACCAGGCACUGGAAAGCCUCUUGCAUCGCCUUCGAGGUCUGUGUGACAACAUGGAACCUGAGACUUUUACAGAUCAUGAACUGGUUUAUCUUCUGAAGGGCCAACAAGGGAACCCUUUCAUUCUGCGUGCCCGGCGCUCCCUCUCCCACCCGACAUCACCCUGGCACCUACGCUACCUAGGCCAACCUGAAGUGGGAGACAAGAGCCGUCAUGCCCUGGUGCGCAACUGUGUUGACGUGGCUGCCUCUCACAGCCUGCCGGAGUUCCUCAAUGAGAUGGGCUUCCGCAUGGACCACGAGUUUGUGGCCAAUGGGCACAUAUUCCGCAAAGGUGCUAUGAAAAUUGUGGUUAGCAAGCUGUCACGCAUCCUGGUACCGGGGAACACGGAGAACACAGAACGUCUGUCACUUUCAUACCUGGUGGAGCUGAGUGUGUUGGCUCCCGCCGGCCAGGACACUAUGUCAGAGGACAUGCGCAGCUUUGCUGAGCAACUUAAACCCCUGGUUCACCUGGAGAAGAUUGACCCCAGCAAACAGAGACAUUGAUUGGUAUUAUUUAGAGGGUCAAAUCUUUCUUCAACUAUUUUUAUAUUGUUUACAUU